AAGGUUCUGGAAGUCAAAUUGACUAUCUUACCCUUUCAACGCUGUGAAUCUUUGUGUGUAUUAAAAACCAAGAGGCAGAACCUUCACUAUUCUACUCUCAUCGCUCACUCUCCCCCCGUACCUAAAAACCUAAUCACUGAGAAUUAGUUAUAAACCAACAAUCAAUGGCUCCUUCUUUUGUAAUCAACGGCGAAGUCCCCACCGUCAAAUCCUCUCCGGCAACGGGACGCUUCGCUUCUGUUUACAGUGAAUUGCAAGCGAGUCGCAUCGACCACUCUCUUCCUGUCCCUUCUGUCCUCAAAAACCCCUUCAAAGUCGUCGAAGGCCCCCCAAGCUCCGCUGCUGGCAAUCCAGAUGAGAUCGCGAAGCUAUUUCCAAAUCUGUUUGGACAGCCAUCGUCAAUGUUUGUGCCAAAUGGGGCUGAUGCAGUGCAUUCGAAUCUGAAGCUGAAGAUUGGUGUUGUUUUGUCCGGAGGUCAGGCACCUGGAGGACACAAUGUGAUCUCUGGAAUCUUCGAUUACUUGCAGGAACGUGCGAAGGGAAGCAUAUUAUACGGGUUUAGAGGUGGUCCUGCUGGGAUCAUGAAGUGCAAAUAUGUAGAAUUAACCGCUGAUUUUAUUUAUCCCUAUAGAAAUCAGGGUGGUUUUGAUAUGAUCUGCAGUGGAAGGGACAAAAUUGAGACACCCGAGCAGUUUAAACAAGCUGAAGAGACAGCAUUGAAACUCGAUUUGGAUGGACUAGUCGUUAUUGGUGGGGAUGACUCAAACACUAAUGCUUGCCUUCUUGCAGAAAACUUCAGGAGUAAAAAUAUGAAAACUAGGGUCAUUGGAUGCCCAAAGACCAUUGAUGGUGAUCUGAAAUGCAAAGAGGUCCCAACCAGUUUUGGAUUUGAUACUGCAUGCAAGAUAUAUUCAGAAAUGAUUGGAAAUGUCAUGAUUGAUGCUCGAUCAACUGGAAAAUAUUAUCACUUUGUACGGCUUAUGGGGCGUGCAGCUUCACACAUUACCUUAGAGUGUGCUUUGCAAACUCAUCCAAAUAUUACAAUCAUUGGAGAAGAGGUUGCUGCAAAGAAGCUGACACUGAAAAAUGUUACUGACUACAUUGUAGAUAUAAUCUGUAAACGUGCUGAUCUGGGUUAUAACUAUGGUGUGAUCCUUAUACCUGAAGGUUUAAUUGAUUUCAUUCCUGAGGUGCAGCAUCUCAUUGCAGAACUGAAUGAAAUUUUGGCCCGUGAUGUUGUCGAUGAAGGUGGGCUAUGGAAAAAGAAACUUACAAGUCAAUCUUUGCAGCUUUUCGAAUUUCUGCCGCUAGCAAUUCGGGAACAAUUGAUGCUGGAAAGAGAUCCACAUGGAAACGUCCAGGUUGCCAAAAUAGAGACAGAGAAAAUGCUUAUUCAAAUGGUUGAAACUGAGUUGGAGAAGAGGAAGCAGCAAGGCUCAUACAAAGCCCAAUUCAAAGGACAGUCCCACUUCUUUGGUUAUGAAGGAAGAUGCGGUUUGCCAACAAACUUUGAUGCUACAUACUGCUAUGCGUUGGGCUAUGGAGCUGGAGCGCUCCUUCAUAGUGGGAAAACUGGGCUGAUAUCAUCAGUCGGGAAUUUGGGUGCGCCUGUUGCAGAAUGGACAGUUGGUGGCACUGCACUGACUUCUAUGAUGGAUGUGGAGAGGAGACAUGGUAAAUUCAAGCCUGUAAUUAAAAAGGCCAUGGUGGAGCUUGAAGGUGCGCCAUUCAAAAAAUUUGCAUCCAUGCGGGAUGAGUGGGCCCUCAAGAAUCGAUAUAUUAGUCCUGGUCCCAUCCAAUUUAUGGGCCGAGGAUCCGACGCGGUUAAUCACACCUUAUUAUUGGAAUUGGGGGUUCAUGCUUAGGCGUGUGUAUGGGAUUGUGGCUUGCCACCAGCGCAAAAUCUUCUUUUUUGUUGCUUUUUGUUUCCCCUUUUUCCCAUUUCCGGUUAUUAUAGCUGCUGUUUUCUGAGUGUAGGAUUCUGGCAUUUCAGUGUGGUUAAGGUGUAUACCAAUCGGCUGGACUUGUAUAUUGAAGUUUCUAAUCGUCGUCCUUCGUGUCAAUUGAAUAAACAGCGCUCUUGAAAAUAUGCAAAA